ACGUUCUGUCAAAGUCGAACCUAACCUCGCAUUUUCAAAUUCAAACAAACGGCAAAAAAACCUCAAAAGAUAUUUUUUAAAAUAAUUUUAGAGCAUCUACUCAAAAUUCCUUGUGUAUUAUCUACAUACCCACCUCAUAUUGAUAACCUAAUAAUGUCCCUGACGCCGUCGGCCACUAGUUACGUGAGACUCCAAGAAUUAAAACUGUGGCAAGGUAGUUUCGAUUCUCUGUUACAAAAGUCCAACAGUCCUUCACGAAAUAGUUUAGUGGAAAAUAAGUCCGAAAAUAACAUUUGUGUAGAAGAAGAUCCGUCCAAAGAAUGGGAUAAAAGGAAAAUAUCCCCUGUAAAAGAUUUUCAGCAAUUGCUGGAAGAGAAGUUGGCUGAAGAAACUCCAGUGGAGGUACAUAAUGGAGCCAAAAAGCCAUUUUUGAAGAAGGGCCAGGGAUUGGCCCGGUUUAAAAUGGGCAGUGGACGACCACCAAAUAAUCCUAGGGCUAAAAGAUUUGUGGCUCGGAAACCAGUUGUGGCAAAACCUAAAGUUGCUGCUGCUGCCCCAAAAGCACCUGCUUCCUCUGGAAUAAGAGGGAUUUUAAAGAACCCUCAGGGUCAACCGAAAGAAGUGGAUUUCAUCCCUUUGACUGUUCCGGAGUAUGUUAAACCCAGAGCCUCCUGGAAGCAGGUCUUCGAGUGUGCACAGAAGAGUGGAUGGAAGAGUUCUAGUGAGGAUCCCGUGGGAAGAUCUGAGGAGGAUGGGGAAAGCGUUGAGGAGUACGAGGAGUUUAGGAGGAGUCUGGGUUCGGAAGAGAGUCGCGUUGCGAGGGAGACGAUGGUCGAGGAAGGGAUUUUAAAGACUUCUAGUGCUGCCAGUGUAAUUGGAGACGGGUUAGAAACACCCAAAUUAGCCCACCUGGACCCCAACAAAUUUACAAUAAAAGCUGGGGAUUUUACCACGAUAAACCAGAAUAUUUUGAAGCAAGUGAACGCCUAUGCCAAGAAAUAUUUCGACGGCAGCAACGUGUUGUAUACCAACGACAUUCCGGACAGAAUAAGCGAUUUGGUGACGACAAAACCGCCGCACAGUGCCGGCGAUUACACUUUAGAGGAAAUAAAAUCGGAGCGGGAGCUGAAAGCUUUUGAAAUUUUAGAAAAAAAAGUGGACAAUAGCUCGUUUUGUUCUACGAACACCAGUGUGCUAAACCUACUGGCUAGUACCCCCAGGAAACCAGACAAAACGAUUGAAGAAUCUAUUGAGGAAAUACAAGAGGUUUUCCCAAAAAAUAUGCAGGACACCAUUCAAACAAAACUGCAAGAAGUUGCCCAGAAAACUGAUGUGCUGCAGCACUUUUUAAUGAACCUGAGGCAUAUGGAGGGCGGUGGCAAAACUGAUGAUACAACAAUCGAUUCGGAUAGUACCUGUCAAAAAAGAACGUCCUCGUCAGUCGACACGAGUUUCUCCGAUGAAAACACACGGUGGUCCUCGAGAUCGCCGAGUUUCACCACCGAAGAAACGACCGAACUCGAAUCGAUGACUUACAGGCACAACAACAGUGUCAGAAAGGUUGACGCGGGUGUCAACACGAGUUUCGAGGAGAAUUCCCGCAUAGAUGAAACGAUAAGAAAUCUAGAACCGUGUAAGCACUGCGAGGAAUUAAGAUCGAAGAAUUGCGAGGCGAAAACCGUUUUGACCGCGCUCAAGUGUGAAAAUACGAAGAUCAAGCAGGAUUUAAAGAGGUUCGAGAAGGAGUACGAUAAGUUUAAGAAAAAAAUGAAAAAGGAGGGUGAGGUGCAUCGGGAGGAAGUGAAAAAACUGAUGGAGGAGUUGGAGAGUGAACGGAAGAAAAUUGCUAAAGAACGGGCAUAUUUUGAAAGUUACGUGAAAGAAUGCCAACCGGUUAGACCAUCGAAAAAAGAGCGAGACGAAAUGACGCAACUGAAGCAGGAACUGGCUGAUGCCAAGGAGCUGAUUAAACUCAAAGAUACGAAAAACGGGGCCACCCAGGCCCGUCUUAGGACCCAAAUAAAGCAACAGGAAAAAGAUAUCGCCGAAAUGAAAAUCACCAUCGAUAAGUUGCAGAGGGAAAACGCGAAACUCUCUGUACAACAAAAAUUCGCAGCACGCAGACCCCAAGAAGUGAAAAUGCUACACGAAAUUAACAAAAACUUAUCGAAACUUACGGAGGAAACGUUCAAAAAACAAUCGAAUAAAUCAGUGAGUGAGACUAACGAAAAACCGUGCGGCGACAAAGAAAAUGCCAAAGAAGAAACAAACGAUAAAAACAAUGACUUAAAAAAGGACGUGCCAAAACCGAAAAGUAUUAGAGACAGCGUUAGAUCCAAUAGUAUGACGGAUGACCUUCAAAAAACUACGGUGGAUCCCGGUAAUAUUGAAAAACAGUAUGAAACUAUGUUCGGCAACAUUUCUAGCCCUAGAAAUCUGAGCGUUUCGACUAAUAUUGAAAAAACCGAAAAAACGCUACCGGACGGCUCGGUGGAAAUCGGUUAUAGUAACGGUAACGUAAAAACCAUUUCGGCCGACGGGAAUCACAUAAAAAUGCAAUACUUUAACGGAGACACCAAAGAGACCGACCUAAAAGAGCAAACGAUAAAGUACCAUUACGCGGCAAACAACGCCUGGCAUACCCAAUUCGCCGACGGAACAGAAGUUAUGGAAUUUAACGACGGGCAAAGAUGCACUAAGAACCUAGACGGAAAAACCGAGAUUUGUUACCCCGAUGGUUCGUUGAAAAUAAUUAACUCGGACGGGUCUGAGGAGCAACAGUUUCCCGAUGGAAGGAAAACUAUUAAGAACCCUUUGGGUGAAGUGAUGAUCCUGUUGCCCAAUGGGCAAAGGGAAAUACACACGGCAGAAUAUAAAAGAAGGGAAUAUCCGGACGGUACUAUAAGAACCCUCCAUAAAGAUGGAACGGUCGAAACUGUUUAUUCCAACGGAAGGGUGAGAGUGAAAAAUGCCAAUGGGGUGCUUAUCAUGGACACGCACUCGUCCUAACUGUUCUGUAUUGUUUUAAUUUCAAUCCGUCCGAAAAUCUAAUUGAUUGUUGUUCUGUAUAUUAUUUAAAAAGCUUUAAUUUAUGUAUACUGAAGUUAAAUUUUACAGGCACCUAAUUUAUUUGUUGUAUGGUAAAUAUAUGAUCGAUUUAUUUAUUA